AUGAGCGAUGAAGCAGAAUUACAGGCCAAAAUCGCAGCUUUGGCAGGCAAAAUCAAUCAACACAAACAGCAGCCAUCAGCCCUUGCACCUAAUCACUACGGCGCAUCCCACCCACCGCAUCAUGCAUCUCAUAACGACUACCGAGGCUAUGACCGCUGGACGCCGUACGGUCACGCUGCCCGCGGCGGGCGCGGAGGCCGCGGGUCCUUUCACCGCCCUCACAAGAACCGUACGCUCGUCCUCGGAGGCGCCCAAACUGGAUCGCCUGCGGCAGCGGCGGCGACAGCAGCAGUAGCAGAAGAGCAGAGCAGCGUCAUUCCUCCCACCUCAAAUGCAUCGGAGGCAUUUGUGUCGACUCGCAGCGCUGGCAUGAACCAGUUGAUGACGAAAGAUACGUAUGACCGAGAACAACAAGUAAAGAGGGAACCGCAGGAGAAGCACACACGACAAGGGAUCUAUCGUUCACCUACCACAACUAACCCUUCAGCAUCACAACAUCGAGUGCUGGAACUGGAAGGCAUCAAGUUCAAGGUUGCGCAUGAUGGCAGCAAGCUGUUUCGAGUGGACGGUAAGUCGUUAGCGCACAGGAUUGUGCGAGCUAGACUGAAGGUUACAGAUCCCAUGACCGCGCAUCAGGAAACUCCGAAAAAGGCCAGAAUCACCGGCGUUGAUUUUGUACGGACGAAGCACGGCAAUCUACUGAAGUUGAACCCUGCGAAAGACGGCAAGAGGUACCACACCAGCAUCGACAUUGACGCGCAGCAAUGGAGCUUACCAUCUCGUGUCAGGCCUGUGAAGCGCAAACCCCAAUGCGAGAACUUCACGAAAUACGGUACCGUUUCCAAUCACGACCACUCUGGCUCUGCGGCGGCGGCGGCGGCUCACCCCGAUCCCAAGCGCUCGAAGCAUGCCGGUAGGUUCCCAUGGCAUGUACUAACUCAUUACUAGGUACCUGCUCCUUCGGCCCUGCCUGCAAAUUCGACCACGACCCUACCAAAGUUGCAAUCUGCAAAGAAUGGCUGCGCAACGGCUGGUGCAAGCCCGGCGCCAAUUGCGACAUGUCGCAUGAUUCGUCAUACCAUCGCGUAUCCGCCUGCACCCAUUUCCUUCGCGGCAACUGCACAAACCGUGCAUGCCGUUAUCCUCACGUUAAUGUCUCCCCUUCUGCGCCUGUUUGCCGUCCUUUCGCAACUCUCGGGUAUUGCGCCAAGGGCGAACAGUGCGAAAAUCGUCACGUGUGCGAGUGUCCAGAUUACGCCAACCGUGGAGUCUGCGCAGCCCGUGAGAAAGGCAAAUGCCAGCUCCCUCACAUUGACCGUGCCGGCACCUUGCGCAAGACCGCCAAGCGGCAAUCUAAGACUGGCACUGACGAGGAAUCAGACGUGUCCAGCGAUAACGACGACAGCAACGAGGACUCCCGUGUUGUGAUUCACGAUGACUCGGACGGUCCGGAAGACGAAGACGAGCAAGGAACUGGAUUUGUGGACGACGAUACACUCAUGGCUCUUGACACUGCGGGCUCGGAUCGUGCAGUGAAAGAACAAGAAAGUUUCAUUUCCUUGAUAGAAUGA